CACAUCUCAGCAGCUGUCAGAUUGUAUCCAAAUGACAAUAACACGGAAUUGCACAGCGAGCUUUUCUGCACAACGAUGUUCGUCUGAAAUAGAGAGUGUGCUGAUAUUCCUCACCUGACCUCUCUGAUCACCCUGUCCCAGAUCACAAUGGAGACAACCAACAGCUAUGUGCUAAUCCAUGGGAAGAACAUCUCCCAUAGCACUCUGACAGGGCCUGCUGCAGGACCUCACAUGUCCAUAGACAAGCUCUUCCCAGCUCUCCUGGAGUGCUUUGGCAUCAUACUGUGUGGCUAUAUAGCAGGCAGGGGUGACAUCAUCACAGAGAGCCAGGCUAAAGGUUUGGGGAACUUCGUAUCCAAGUUUGCUCUUCCAGCGCUGCUUUUUAAAAACAUGGUGCUGUUGGACUUCAGAAAUGUCAUAUGGGCAUUUCUGUGGAGUGUCUUGGUUGCUAAGGUGACAGUCUUUGUGCUGGUAUGUGUGCUGACACUGAUGGUGGCCAGUCCAGACAACAGAUACAGCAAGGCUGGUCUGUAUGCCAUCUUUGCUACUCAGAGUAAUGACUUCGCCCUUGGAUAUCCUAUAGUUGAUGCUUUGUAUCGAAGUACAUAUCCAGAAUACCUCCAGUACAUAUACCUGGUUGCUCCUGUAUCCCUCAUGCUCCUCAAUCCCAUCGGCUUUGCUCUUUGUGAGGUGCAGAGGUGGAGACAGGCCAGCCAUCCACAGCACAGUAGUCUUGGCAUCCUGGGAGUUGUUGUCUUACAGGUGUUGAAGAACCCAAUAGUGUUCAUGGUGAUAGUGGGAAUCAUCUCUCACUUUGCGCUGGGCCAGCAGAUCCCUGCUGUGUUGUCAGAGUUUAUAGAUGGUCUCGCAAACUCUUUUGGAGGGGCAGCGUUGUUUUACCUUGGCCUCACUAUGGUUGGUCAGCUUAGAAAAUUAACCAGAGACACUGGAGUUGCCUUGAUAUUGCUCAUCACAGCCAAACUCUUGAUAAUGCCGCUGGUCUGUAAAGACAUGGUGGAUAUUCUGGACACUGGAGUGAACAGCACGAGUGCCAAUCACACAAGUUUGUCCAACUUUGCUUUCUUAUAUGGAGUUUUCCCAACAGCCCCCAGUGUGGCCAUCUAUGCUGGACACUAUAACAUGGAGUUAGAAGUGGUAACGUCAGGGAUGGUAAUCAGUACAUUCUUGUCGGCACCAAUCAUGUAUGUGUCCGCCUGGCUAUUAACAAUCCCUUUAAUGGACCCAACCCCCUUGGUUACAGAGCUUGAAAAUGUAAGCUUCAACAUCAGCAUUGUCAGCCUUAUAGCUCUGGUGUGGACCAUAGCGGUGAUGCUGCUCAGCAGGAAAUUUAACAAACUCCCUCACCUAUUUGCGCUAAAUCUAUUCCUGGCCCAGUUCCUAGUGUGUGUCAGUAUGAUCCUGUGGAAUUUCUUGGUGAAACAAGAGGACAACCUGCUCGGCAAAAUUCUCACCUUCACUUUGCUCUAUGGGUCUCUUUACAGUACAUACAUUUGGACAGGUUUAAUCCCUCUCUGUCUGGCUCUGACUAACAGAGAUGAUCUGCUGAGACUCCGACCAGGAGUCUUCAUGAUUUUGGGUUGGGGGGUUCCUUUCCUAAUGGUUGGUGGUCUUCUCAUAUCAGGAGAGAGGAGUGAUACGAUAGACUCUGCCUUCUUCUAUGGCAGAGCCCAGAUAAUCAGCACUGCAGUAAUUCUUGCGGUCAGCCUGGUUCUCGGUGCAAUAUCUUUGAUGGGUCUCAGCCAGGGAGACUGGGAGCAGAGCGGCUACCAAGCCCUGAGCAGAGCUACUGUAACGGGUAUCAAUGAUGAGGUGAGGGUCCCUGGUGGCCUGGAGGAUUCACACCAACAGCAAGAGCAGACACAGAUGUCAAAUUCACCUGCCUGUGGUAUCAACUCGGACCUCCACGGUUUCUCUCCUCUCCAGCCCAUACCUGAUAUGAUAGCCAGUACACAGAGGGACCACACGAACAGCACAGGCCACAUUGGGGCGCUGUGUGAUGGGCAUCAGCAAAGUACUUCCUCCUCUGAGCAGCCGCUGAAUCUUCCACCACCCGGGCUUCAAACCACAGACGAUAAACAGACUGUGAGACAUGUUCUGCUCUGUCUGCUGCUCAUUGUCAGCCUGCUAGCAAACCUGUCCAGCUGUCUGUGGUGGUUGUUCAACAAAGAUCCAGGAAGGCUCUACCUUGAACUACAGUUCUUCUGUGCUGUGGCUAACUAUGGACAGGGCUUUUUGUCCUUUGGGAUUUUUGGUCUGGACAGACACCUAAUCAUCUUGCCUUUUAAGAAGAGAUUGCUUAGCCUGUGGCAGGGCAGGGACAUUGAUGAUUUGAGUCCCUCGGGUGUACCAGAGGAGGUCAGGCUCACCUGUACUCAGUUUGUCCGCUACCACAAAGACCAGUGUGUACAAGACAUAGUACACACACGCAGGUUUGGGGGAGGACUGGAGGAUGAAAAUGAAGUUCUGAGACAUUCCUCAGCCCAUCAACCCCUUUACCUAAACACACAUUCUAGUGAUCAGGGUCAGCUAAACGAUCACUCACAGAUUCUUAACCGAAACCACAAUCCAGAUAAAUCCAGCAGCCAGUGUUUGCUUCCGAGUCAACCCCACCUAGAGCCCGAGAAUGAAUUGCAAGCGCAUAUUUCCAAUCCUGAUGCACCAGGAACCUCCCUUGACCACGAACCCACCAAUUCUCAGCAUGGUAAUGCUUCAAGCCCUCCCCAGUUUCAUCAGUAUCCCCAGUCCCAUCUUGAAAAUGUGUUCCGAGGCAGUGACUUAGUAGAUUGGCUGGUGGAACGAGGCCUCAGCGCUGGACGAGCCGAGGCACAGCUGUAUGGUGCCCGUCUUCAGCGGGGAGGAGUGUUGACAGGUCAGCACAGCUUCAAGGAUGAACCCAACUUUCUUUAUCACUUCACGCAGCCAAGACGGGAGGAAGAGUAGGAGGGAUCAAGAUGAUGAAAGUGAUGAACAAAGCUUUCGGCAUACCAAGCGACGGCCACCAUAGCUGAGUGCCAAAGCAGAAGUGCCUUAUGGUGCAGCUGCUUCAAAGGCCACUUAAGGUUGAAUCUGGAUCAUAUGAGACACUCAUUUGCCCACCAGAAUUGGGUUAUUUGUCCUUGUAUAUUCAGGGUGGUUCCCAGUUGAAUAUCAACUUAUUAGCUAAUCGGGAGAGAGGUUGUGCUUGCAGUUGCUUUAGAACAGGGGUGGGGAACUCCAGACCUCAAGGGCCGGUG